GGCAUCCACUGUUUUCACCGUUUCGAUUAAGUGAGAAAAUUCUCUGAAUUCGUAAAGGGCUGGAUUUGACAGAUACUGGCCUGCGAAUGAGUCAGUAUUCGCCUUGUCUCGCACAAUUUCGAUCGAUCGUCUGUGUCUUCGUGCAAUGUAAUGCGUUCAGUUCUGCUCACGAAUUUACUUUGUCAUCAUUUUAGAACCUCAGCAAAUUGCUUAGUCUUUUGUCAGAUGUUCAUCUCAAUCUAGCUAGCGUUUGUACAGCAAUAGGUGAUGGAUAGCUCCACGGGAGAAUGUGCGACAUCAUAUAAAUCACCACCAACUUCACAGAGUUCUGUUGAAGACAUCGCAGAAGAAGUUGGCACACUGCAUGAGUCUGUCGAAGAGAAGCAGAACUCCUCUAAGCGCAAAUCUCCCAUGGAUGUCUCGUCGCAGGGAAAACGAUACGCGAGAAGUCCGAGUUACUCUAUGGACUCCGAUGAGGAAUCUUCUACGCAUGCUACCGUUGAGGAUGCACAUCUAAUUCGACCUUGGGUAGAUCAGUUUCAAGCAAUGUCACGAAGAUGUCAGCGCAGUGCACUACUGCAGUUGAUAAGUACGUGCGGGCUACAACAUGUGCGUCAUGUGCGUCAGCUGAUCGAGCCUCAUUUCCAGAAGGAUUUCCUUUCUUGUCUACCAGUUGAGCUUGCGAUACAAAUUGUUGCAAAUCUACCGAUGGCAGACAUUGUGCGUGCUGCAAGGGUAUCACGUUUUUGGCGUGAUAUAUGUGAAGACGAUCGUAUGUGGCGGCUGAAAUGUGAACGCGAAGGACUUGAACCCCUUCCUUUGCCUAGUGAACGUGUUGCUGGAGCUUGGGAACAAACAGCUAUGGGUAAUGGUGUGACCAUUGUGGAUCACUAUAAGGGAGCUGAGUUGGAGCAACAUAGGAAGGCAAGAGAGCAAAGCUAUGGAAGUGUAUACUCACGAUCCGUAUGGAAAGCCACCUAUCUGAGGCGUUGUCGAAUUGCAGCUAACUGGAGACGUUUGCCUAUAGGUGGAAGCAUGGUGUUGAGAGGACAUGAGGAACAUGUUAUAACGUGCUUACAGAUACAAGGAGAUAUGCUGGUCACCGGAUCUGAUGACAACACUCUCAGAGUGUGGAGCAUCGAACAAGGGAAGCUACUUUUUACGCUUGUGGGACAUACGGGAGGAGUAUGGACAUCACAGCUGUCGACUGACGGAAAGUAUAUCAUUAGUGGCUCGACUGAUAGGACUGUAAAAGUUUGGUCAGCAAAAGAUGGCUCACUUAUCCAUACAUUACAUGGACACACAAGUACAGUGCGAUGCAUGAGUCUGUGCCGAAACACACUGGUAUCUGGAUCACGCGACACAACCGUCAGAGCGUGGAAUAUCGAAACUGGUAGGUGCGAACAAUAUCUGACUGGUCAUGUAGCAGCAGUGCGCUGCGUGCAAUUGGAUCUUGAUGGGGGACGUGUGAUUUCGGGUGCAUACGACUUCACAAUCAAGGUUUGGGAUUACGAAACUGGUUCCUGCACGUAUACACUGACUGGCCAUACCAAUAGGGUUUAUUCUUUGUUGCUGGAUGCCCCGCGCAACAUAGUUGUCAGUGGUAGUCUCGACACCACUAUAAGGGUUUGGGACAUUGCAAAAGGCACGUGCAUUUGUGUUCUUUCUGGACACCAUUCACUGACAUCGGGCAUGCAGCUUAGAGGUGACAUACUGGUAUCAUGCAAUGCUGAUAGUGACGUCAGGGUAUGGAAUAUUCGGGAUGGAUCCUGCAUGUAUCGCCUUCAUGGUCCCAAUGGUCACACGUCAGCCAUCACUUCGUUGCAGUUUCUGGAUAAUGGUAUCGUUGUAACUAGUGGAGAUGAUGGAGCUGUCAAGCUCUGGGAUGUCAUGAAAGGUGAAUUUAUUCGUGAUCUCAUUUUGACGCUGGGUAUCCAUGAAGGAAUGGGUUUGCUUUUUAUGGUUAAAAUAGAUCUGGGCUUUGAUCUUUCGCAUCAUUUUGCUGUGCAAGGCAAUGAUGAUAGUAUUAUUUGUGGUCGAAUCAUUCUUUCAUCGCUGCCUUUUGCACUGAGGUUUUGUUAUCUGUGA